CGGUGAGCGCCCUGCGCGGAGCGGACCGGCGCCGCCGCGAUGAAUUCGGCCGAGCAGACCGUUACGUGGCUCAUCACGCUGGGGGUGCUGGAGUCGCCCAAGAAGACCGUGGCGGACCCCGAGGGCUUCCUGCGCGCGGCCCUGCGCGACGGCGUGGUGCUGUGCCGGCUGCUCGAGCGCCUGCUGCCCGGCUCCAUCGAGCGGGUCUUCCCGGAGCCCCGGAGCGAGAGCGAGUGCCUGAGCAACAUCCGCGAGUUCCUGCGCGGCUGCGGGGCCUCCCUGCGGCUGGAGACGUUCGAUGCAAAUGAUUUGUAUCAGGGGCAGAAUUUUAGCAAAGUCCUCAGUUCCUUGGUGACGCUGAAUAAAGUAACGGCAGACAUCGGCCUGGGGAGCGACUCUGUGUGUGCCCGGCCCUCGUCUCAUCGCAUCAAGUCCUUUGAUUCCCUGGGGCCCCAGCCGCUUCACAGCCGGGCUUCCAAGUUGUUCCAGGGCCAGUAUCGGAGCUUGGACAUGACCGAUAAUAGCAACACUCAGCUGGUAGUGAGAGCCAAGUUCAACUUCCAGCAGACCAACGAGGAUGAGCUCUCCUUCUCCAAGGGCGACCUGAUCCACGUCACGCGCGUGGAGGAAGGGGGCUGGUGGGAGGGCACGCACGACGGCAGGACCGGCUGGUUCCCCAGCAACUACGUGCGCGAGGUCAAGCCCAGUGAAAAGCCUGUGUCGCCCAAGUCGGGAGCCUUGAAGAGCCCUCCCAAAGGAUUCGACACAACCGCCAUUAACAAAAGCUAUUACAACGUGGUGCUACAGAACAUUUUGGAAACGGAAAAUGAGUAUGCGAAAGAGCUUCAGACUGUGCUUUCCACUUACCUGCGGCCACUGCAGGCCAGCGAGAAGCUGAGUUCAACCAAUACUUCGUAUUUAAUGGGAAAUCUAGAAGAAAUAUGUUCUUUCCAGCAAAUACUUGUACAGUCUCUAGAGGAGUGCACCAAGUCGCCUGAAGCCCAGCAGAGAGUUGGGGGCUGCUUUUUAAACCUGAUGCCACAGAUGAAGACCUUAUACCUCGCGUACUGUGCCAACCACCCUUCGGCAGUGGGCGUCCUCACGGAGCACAGUGAGGAGCUGGGGGAGUUCAUGGAGACCAAAGGUGCUGCAAGCCCUGGGAUCCUGGUGCUGACCACCGGCCUCAGCAAGCCCUUCCUGCGCCUGGACAAGUACCCGACGCUGCUCAAGGAGCUGGAGCGGCACAUGGAGGAUUAUCAUCCAGACAGACAGGACAUCCAGAAGUCCAUGGCCGCCUUCAAAAGCCUCUCUGCUCAGUGUCAGGAGGUGCGGAAGAGGAAGGAGCUGGAGCUGCAGAUCCUGACGGAAGCCAUCCGCAACUGGGAGGGUGAUGACAUCAAGGCCCUGGGCGCCGUGGUGUACAUGUCGCAGGUCCUGAUCCAGUGCGCGGGGAGCGAGGAGAAGAGCGAGCGCUACCUCCUCCUCUUCCCCAGCACGCUGCUGAUGCUGUCCGCCAGCCCGCGGAUGAGCGGCUUCAUCUACCAGGGCAAGCUCCCAACUACAGGGAUGACGAUCACGAAGCUUGAGGACAGCGAGCACCACAGGAACGCCUUUGAGAUUGCAGGGAGCAUGAUCGAGCGGAUCCUGGUGUCCUGCAGCAGCCAGCAGGACUUGCACGAGUGGGUGGACCACCUGCAGAAGCAGACGAAGGUCACGGCUGCGGGCAACCCCUGCGUCAAGCCGCAUUCUGUGCCGUCUCACACCCUCCCCUGCCACCCGCUCGCCCCGUCCAGCAAGCACGCCGACAGCAAGCCCAUGCCGCUGGCGCCCCCCUACCACACGCUGCCCCACCCUUCCCACCAUGGCGCCCCACAUGCCGCCAUCAGCUGGGGGCCGCUGGAGCCGCCGAAGACCCCCAAGCCCUGGAGCCUGAGCUGUCUGCGGCCCGCGCCUCCCCUCCGGCCCUCGGCCGCCCUCUGCUACAAGGAGGACCUUAGUAAGAGCCCCAAGACUAUGAAAAAGCUGCUUCCCAAGCGCAAGCCUGAGCGGAAGCCGUCGGACGAGGAGUUCGCGCUGAGGAAGAGCACGGCCGCGCUGGAGGAGGAUGCGCAGAUCCUGAAGGUCAUCGAGGCCUAUUGCACCAGCGCCAAGACCCGGCAGACGCUCAACUCAACAUGGCAAGGCACUGACCUGAUGCAUAAUCACGUCCUGGCCGACGACGACCAGCCAAGUCUAGACUGCCUGGGUCGUCGCGGCAGCCUUUCCCGUUUGGAGCCUUCAGACCCCUCGGAGGACUCUGACUAUGACAGUGUGUGGACAGCCCAUAGUUACAGAGCGGGGGCCGCCUCUCGUUCACGCAAAGACUCUGCUCCUCAAGUUCUGCUCCCAGAGGAAGAGAAAAUUAUAGUCGAAGAAACCAAAAGUAACGGUCAGACCGUGAUAGAAGAAAAGAGCCUCGUGGACACGGUGUACGCGCUGAAGGACGAGGUCCGGGAGCUGCGGCAGGAUAACAAAAAGAUGAAGAAGUCUCUGGAGGAAGAGCAGAGAGCCCGGAAGGACCUGGAGAAGCUGGUGAGGAAAGUUCUGAAGAACAUGAACGACCCUGCUUGGGACGAGACCAAUCUCUGAGCAGCAGGAGCCCGGCUUGGGCGCGGGAGAGGUCGCGGCAGCCGGCCCUGCCACUGCUGACGCUGGGACCCAGGGGCCGCAGGGUCUGUUGCUCGACCGGCCCCGCGCCCCGCGGAGUCUAGGCACGAGGGGGACACCUGACGUGACAGCUCGGCCCCUCCCUCGGCGACAAGCACAGUGACUGUCCAGGCCCCGUGUCCCGACUUCUCCCAAUAGAUGUAAAUGCCACCUGUGUGCUCUCGUGCUUGGUGUGCGGGACGCCGGCCUGGCGGGCUGGUGCGGGCCGGUGCGGGCCGGUGCGGGC